AGCAUCAGAAAGACAGAAACCCUGUCCCUUAACAUAAAUCAAAACCAUUUUCUCUCCUCUGGCUCUUGGAAUCUUAGAACUUUUUGACGUUACUCACACGGCAAGCCCGUUAUUCUUUUUUUCCGCUGAUUACAAAAACCAGAGGUUGCUGGAAGGGAAAGUAGAAGAAGCUAGAAACAGAAAAUGGGAAAGGAUAGGAAAAUUGGUGUGGCUAUGGACUUCUCAAAGAGCAGCAAGAACGCUCUGAAAUGGGCUAUAGAUAAUUUGGCCGACAAAGGUGAUACCCUUUUCAUCAUCCACAUCAACCCCAACACCCCCGAUGAGUCUCGUGGCCAGCUUUGGACCAAAUCUGGCUCUCCUCUUAUUCCUUUGAUUGAGUUCAGAGAGCCCGAAGUUAUGAAGAAGUACGGCGUCAAGACUGAUAUUGAAGUUCUUGAUACGCUUGACACUGCUGCGAGACAAAAAGAGGUGAACAUUCUGACGAAACUGUUCUGGGGAGAUCCGAGGGAAAAGCUUGUAGAUGCUGUUGAAGAUCUGAAGCUGGACUCUCUGGUAAUGGGAAGCAGGGGGCUUAGUGCCAUUCGAAGGAUUCUGCUUGGGAGUGUGAGCAACUACGUGAUCGUGCAUGCUUCUUGCCCUGUGACCAUCGUCAAGGAUUCAAGCUCUGCCCAGUAAUUUGGAUCUUGAUUUUUGAUCCAUUUUAUGUUUUCCUGAAUACAAGUGAGUUUCCUUUCUGGAGGAUAAUUGAACACUAAAUAGAUGGAUGGAUAUUGGAUAUAUAUGUACGUACUCCUCUGCUCAUCAAUUAUGAAGAACAAUUAAUUUGGUUUUGGCAUA